CUAGCUAAAGCCCAUAUCCAAAAUCCGUCUUCAACGCACGAUUUCCAGAACAUUCCAAUUCAACUACCCACUUGAGACGAAAUGCGAAACAUUUCCUGUGAUAAAUUUUAAAUCGCAUACUUCCUUAUCUCCCCAUACUCUUCAAAGUCGAUCCCACGUAUUAUUUCCAUAACGUCAGCGUAAUUCCGUCGCUGAGCCAUUGUUUUACGCAACAAAGUACAGCUACUAAAAUGCUUAAACUAGCUGUGUUGCUGGCCACAGUUGCUGCCUUUGUUGCUUCAGCGACCCUGGCAAUAAAUCCCGACGAAUUGCACUUGAUAUGGAACACCAUAGAGGAGGACUUGAAAGUUCGCCAAAAUGCAUCCGAGCAGGAAAUCCGCAAUCUCUUCGAGCCUCUGACCAUUUUGGUAAGCGACGCCGAAGCGAAGUUGGCUAGUGAUAUUCAAGAAGCAAACAGAGGAUUCCAGCAGCAGAUCAAAGCACUCGAAGAAGAACAUCCUGACAAAGACAUUAGUGGAUGUGCGGAAAUUGCCCAGAUAGAACUGCAGCUCAUCGACAAGGAUCUUGUGGCAUCGAUAACCUCAACUCACGCACAGUUGGAGCAGGAGGCUGAAGAUGAACUGGAACGGGCUCUCAAUGUGACUGCUGAUGCUUUGGAGCAACUCGAAAUGUUCAAGAGAAGAGUGGACAUGUGCCUGGACACCAGAUGCGCCAGUGAACUUAACGUUGAAGUCGUGGCGUUUUACGAAAAUAUUGUCAAAGACUUAGAUGGAGCUAUUGCGAUCGCCAAUGAGGCCGUUUUAAUCAAACUGGGAGCGCAACUGGAUCUGGCUCAACUGAACCAAAGCAACUAUGAGGAGGACCUCACCAGGUUGCUGGAAGAAGUUAAAUCUUGCAUUGAUUCUACAUUGUAAUUUAUUGUAUUAAAAACGGGGAUAUUUUA